AUGGAAAAAGAACAGUACAUAGUGAGUCCAGGACGAAUUGGGUUUCAAUCACUCGAUGAGUCUUGUGAUUCAGGCUUAGCUGACGGCGAAUCAACUACGGUAGUAAAGGGAGGACUCAACACCAAAAAGUUGGUGCUCAUCGUCGGAUCUAUAAUUGCCGUUGGGGUUAUUGCAGCCGUCGGUGUCGGGUUAGGCGUCGCCAUCCUCAACAAAGAUGACUUGCCCCCUGGAACAGGCACCACGCCAUCACCAUCAGAAAACGACCCUAUUGACGGUGAAUGGACGUACUGGGACAAGUGGUCUGACUGUUCAUUAACUUGUGGAGGAGGAACACAAGUUAGGAGACGAACAUGUAGUGCCCCUCCUCCGCUCUUUGGAGGAAAGGUCUGUCCGGGGAAAGAUAUUCUGACUCGGGAAUGCUCGAAAUGGAAUUGCCCAGAUUGUGGAAGAAUAUGUCCUAAUGGAGGAACACUUUCCAAAGACUGUGACGUGUGUCUCUGUCAACAAGAAGUUUUGUUCGGGACAGUUCGGGAUACCAAUAACAUACCCCUUCAUGGCGUGGAUGUGUAUUUGUCCUACAAACAAUGGGAACCCGUAGCUACAACAAAUUAUUGGGGAGAGUACAGGGUACAAAGUCUCUGUGUCUCUGCCACUAAACUGCUGUUCAGGAAAGAAGGAUUCCUGCAAAACGAAACGAUGCCCGUUUCGUUGAACACAACUCACCAUCAAGCUCAUAGUUUCCUACGGAAAUACGAGAAACCACGGAUUACAAAACAGCCCGUCAAUAAGUACAGAUUUGUUGGACAGAGCUCAACACUUUGUUGUCAGGCAAAAGGCUUCCCAACGUUAAUGAAAUACUCAUGGUAUAAAGAUGGAAAACAAAUAUCACAAGACUUGAGCUCUGGAACACUGAGGUUACCUAACCUACAAAAAAUGGACGAGGGGAUUUACUCAUGUAUGGCAGAGUCUGAAGCUGGAAUCGUCAAAUCAGAAAGCGUGCUGGUCAAUGUGAAAGAUGUUUCAAAGGACACGUGUGACAAGUAUCCCGUAUCAAAGAAAGAGAGAUUACCUGCUGGAUGUUUUGCUACAGUCAACGGUGUUCAGCAAAAUGAAGUAGAUAUCGGACAAUGUGUUCAACUACCGUGCAUCACAUCGACAGACAUUGAUAAUGGGACAUGUGAAGAAUGGUGGCCGUCAAAAUGCUGCAAUGUCGAAACAGUUGAUAGAAUCGAGGUUACAUGCCCAGACUUUACGUAUUCAUUAAAUAAAAUCGAAACAUGUGGUUGCAGUUUGGGAACAACUGUUACAAGAGUAACAGCAUUUGCCUAUGGUAUUAGGAAUGGAACACGUGUACCUUUCCAAAGAGGGAAAGUAUUUGUUGAUGGAGGCAAACUCACAUAUUCAAGUUCAUCUGGAAUGCUUUCUUUCAGUAUUCCUUUUGAAAAGACAGAAGUUACUCUUUCCCUUCAGGAGGACAUCAAGGGAGAGUUCCUGGACUCGAUUAAGACAUUGAAGUUAACUCCUGGAAAAAUGAUGACCGUGAACGUUAUAUUACCAUUACGGCCAAUCCCUGUAUCAUUCAAUACCAGAAUGGGAUUAAGCAUCCCCCUCAAUAAUGUAGAUGGUGCUGACAGAGUGGCAACGGUUUCUAUUCCUUCAGACUCUAUGUUGGAUAAAGACGGUAACAAAUAUGAAGGUGCGGCUAAUGCUUUUGUUAACUUCAUGGAUCCAAGAAAACUCGAGGAUCUGCAGGCCGCUGACGGAAGUUUCACGACUUUAGAUGACAACGGAAAUGCAGCACCUCUUGAAACAUUCGGAAUGUUUCGUAUGCAUUUUGAGGAUAACUCAGGUAGUGAAUUGUCCCUUUCUGGACCAAUAACUACACAGAUGGAUGCUAGUUUGUUCAAUAUAUCACAAGACAAGGAUGGAAAUCCGGAUUUAUCAAUGUGGCACCUGGAUCCAAACACCGGAAAAUGGGUAGAACAGGGAGCAUUCCGAUAUGUUCAAACCCAGGGGAAGCGUAGAUUGUUAGCAAAAACAUUGAUUGAAGGAACGAUUGAUCCCAGUAGCAUCCCUAAAAUAGAUUUGAUGUAUACGUCAGUAACAUCGAAAACAAUAAGCCGUCCGAUCUACUCUAAUUGUGAUAAAAACCGCAUAAUUGGUUAUACGUACAGCAGAUAUAUACAGAAGAAUCCACCCGCACCUAAAGACGAUGCCUGCUAUGUCAGGGUUCGAACAUACACUGACUUCACACUCACAGAUUAUUUGAAAGGAGUGACUGUAACUGCUAUUACAAAGGAACUGAACGGUCCUCGUUUUAAAGGCAUCAGUACAUCAUCAACUGAUGAAAACGGCAUUGCGUGCGUGGAAAUAUUCUGCAACUCCAUUGUGUAUCUGUACACGACGUUUGGAACUCAGAUGUACGCUACUGAUCAGCACAGCCUUCCUGACAAUUAUCCGUUCAAGAACAUUCAAAAUUUAACACAAGUACAGUUCACGUCCAUAGACCCGUACAUUAAUCAGCCUCGAAGUGACAAAAUGUACAGCCCUGCUUAUGAUUUCAAAAAGAAACCACAAUGUGAAAAGCCUUCCUUUUCUGAUGGACUUUUUCAAUUUGCUCCGAUCAAAAAGGAAAAUAGACUAGAGACAUCUCUUAGAAUAAAUGUCCUUGACCAAAGACUGGCCUGGUAUACAAGACCUGUUGAAGAUCCACUACAUAAAUCAUGCUUCAUAAAGUUGAAUAUUAAGUCAAACAUUCACAGUUUUGACAUAAUCAGCAAGAGCUUCAUACAGGAUGACCCCUCACAACGUGAUGAGUAUGGAACUUACUUUACAUCUCCCUACUGGGAUGAGACCACAGAUCGCCGGUACUCCAAAGCGGCAUGUAUUGAGUUCCGAUGUUCCGGGCUGGUUGUGGACGGGGCAACGAAAACACAGAAUGUACCGACAUUGGUGUACAUCUACGUGGCGAGCGACGAAGGAGCAAGGUGCACUAUCGAUUCCAGUUCCGUUGCCGUUAAUCAAACCGGAAUGGGAAAUAGCUAUGUAUUUUUGGCUAACCCGAGAGAUCAAUAUGGCCAGCAAUAUGGAGUUUUUAUCAGAAACCAGCCGGCUGAUGACGUCAGACAGAUGUGUGAAAGUGGGACAACAUCCGGUAGUGUUUCCUCUACGAUGAAACCUGACAAGAACCCAGCUUUCCAGUUAACGUGCAUAUAAUAGUAUCCUAUGUAUCAAAAUAUAUCCAGACUCUAUAUACACUUCCUUUUUCAGAAUUAAUUUGAUUCCGAACGAUUCAUAAUAAAAAUCAUAAUAGAUAGAUAAAGGACGUCAUGUAUUUGCCGCUAGAGUUAAGAGUUUGACAAAUGCGAAUACAUAUUCGCUUAACUGGUUUCUAUUUUUGUUUUAAAGUGUGUGGCUAUGUUUCUCACAUCAAAUCCUUCUUAAUUGAGUUAAAAUUAUGCUGCCUUGUAAUGUUUUGAAACUAUUAUACACAUAUUGUCUAGUGUGAAAUCAAGUUAAAUGAAAACACAUGUUUAUGUCAAUACAUUGUCAAAUUAUUGACGCAACAAUUCUGUUACAAUUAUCAAAAUACCUUUUUACCGUAAAUAAACAGAUGAG